AUGUCUCUGUCCAUUCUCCAAGCUGGCCCUGCCAUCAUGUAUGGCGGCCUUGCCUUUGGAUUGGGCUUUGGAAGUUUUGUCCAUCAAAAGGAACCUUCCUGGAAGAUUCCGGCCAUGGUAUGCGCGGGAUUUUGGGGUUUUACCGCUUUCACUGUGGAUCAAGAAGGCCUCUUUG